AUGGCGAGGUUCGCGUGCGACGGACGCGCAAGCGAAUGCGACGUCGCCGCUGUCGCACAGCGACGUUUCAACAUCGCGAUGGCGUCGGCGAGUGAUGAACGACGAGAGCUGGGAAGACAGGAAUUUGCAGAUUUCGGCCAAAUAUCCGUAACCGUAGGAUAUGUAAGCGCUUCUCUUCGAGAAAAUUGUCAGAAGGAAUUAGAUGCACACGGAACUUAG